UCAUUAUAAAAGAGAAUGACUAGAAUUUAAUUUCGUCGAUCUCAGCGAGGAACAAAGAUAUGAUGAAGAAGGAAGACCUUACGGAUAAGGGUCGGACCUUGUCUGUGGAUCCAAAUCUACCACGAUGGGCAUGCCAGAACUGUCGCCACUCCCUUUCUAUCGUCGGCGCCGAUUCUUACGCCGACAAAUACUUAAACGACUCUGCUCGCUCCACAAUGCAGGGCUCUUCAAUUCAUGCGGCCAACAGUGUGCUAGGUUCAACCAGGAUGGAUAAUUCUUUUGUUGUGUUGCCAAAACAAAGGCUUCAGUUGCAAGGGGUACCUCCACGUCCUCGUAGUGCAGCUAGCCAACCUGAUGUGGGCCAGUCUGGAAAAUCAAUGGAUGAAUCUUUUGUGGUUGUGUACAAGUCUGAGUCUCCGUCUGAUGGAAGUGGGGCCCAAUUACUGUCACCAGAAGGAGGAGCAAAUGGUCCUUUACAGCCAAACAAUUCUGGCUUCCAUUCAACUAUAACUGUCCUUAAACGUGCUUUUGAGAUUGCCAAAACCCAGACACAGGUUGAGCAACCUUUAUGUCUUGAGUGCAUGAGGGUGUUGUCUGAUAAACUUGAUAAGGAGGUUGAAGAUGUAACAAGGGACAUUGAAGCAUAUGAAGCCUGCCUUCAGCGCUUGGAAGUGGAGUCACAAGAUGUCCUUAGUGAGGCUGAUUUUCUCAAGGAGAAAUUAAAGAUUGAGGAAGAAGAAAGAAAACUUGAAGCAGCAAUAAAAGAAACAGAGAAGCAGAGUGCAGAAGUACAUGCUGAACUGAAGGAACUGGAGUUAAAAUCUAAACGUUUUAAGGAACUGGAAGAGCGGUAUUGGCAGGAGUUCAAUAAUUUUCAAUUUCAAUUGAUUGCUUAUCAGGAAGAGAGAGAUGCAAUCUCAGCUAAAAUUGAAGUUUCGCAAGCACAUUUAGAGUUGUUGAAGAAAACCAAUGUAAUGAAUGAUGCCUUCCCCAUCUUUCAUGAUGGAGAAUUUGGAACAAUCAAUAAUUUUCGGCUUGGACGACUUCCUAAAAUUCCUGUCGAAUGGGAUGAGAUUAAUGCUGCCUGGGGCCAAGCUUGCCUUCUCCUCCACACAAUGUGCCAGUAUUUCCGUCCAAAGUUUCACUAUCGGAUAAAAAUACUUCCUAUGGGGAGCUACCCACGGAUAAUGGACAGCAGCAACAGUACUUAUGAACUGUUUGGUCCGGUGAAUUUGUUUUGGAGCACUCGCUACGACAGAGCAAUGACAUUGUUCUUGACAUGUCUGAAGCACUUCGCUGAGUUUGCAUAUUCUAAAGACCUAGAAAAUAACAUUCCACCUGAUAAAUGUUUCAAGUUGCCAUACAAGAUUGAAAAUGACAAAGUUGAAAAUUACUCUAUCACACAGAGCUUCAAUAAGCAAGAAAAUUGGACCAAAGCUCUCAAAUACACUCUCUGCAAUUUGAAGUGGGCUCUCUACUGGUUUGUUGGGAACACUAACUUUCAACCCCUAAAUGCAACGGUGGCUUCCCCUACUGAAGUACCUGCUGGAGGAUCUGUGUACUCGAAGCGUGGCACUGACAUCAAAUCUUCAGCUCGUAACUCGUCAAAGCCAUGAUAUAGAAAUGUGAUUUAUGUUAAUCAGUAUGUAAAUAGAAACUGUUCAAUAUGCUCUGUCUUGUGCAGUUAAUGGCAUGAUUCAUUACAUUUUAAA